AUGAUGGUAGCGACAACUGGAUCAUCGAUUGUUACACAACUCGACUCUGCAACAUCACAAUUGAAUCGUUUUAUACCCAUUCCUCUACUCGUACUUGGUACAAUUGGAAAUAUUUUCAAUGCGAUUAUAUUCAGUCGACGAUCGUUAAAGAGACUUCCUUGUUCAAUUUAUUUUCUAUCUUCAACCAUUUGUAAUUUUUUAGCCCUAUAUUCUGGUCUCAUAACACCCUAUUUAAAUCUAUACGAUCUUGAUCCAACAUCCUAUUCCACUGGCGUGUGUAAAAUUCGAUUUUACAUCCGGUAUACCUCCAUCACACUAUCUUCAUGGUUUAUACUGUUAGCAUGCAUUGAUCGCUAUGUAUCAAGUUCCCACAAUGCAAGAAUUCGUGGCUAUAGUCGCUUGACACUCGCCUAUCGUGUAACGAUCAUUACGAUCCUAAUUGGGAUCAGUGUACCAUUCACUCAAACGUUUUAUUGCUAUGAAAUAAUCAAUAAAUCGUGCACCACUCGGAACACUGGAUGUAAAUUAGCCAACGAUAUUAUUCUGUUGUCUUCUCUCAGUUUUAUUCCACCAAUGGCUAUGGUUUUGUUUACAUUAUUAACCAUUCGUAAUGUAAAAAGAAUGAAUAUGAGCACAAAACGCCGUCAUAUUCAGUUGGUUAGAAUGUUGUUCGCACAAGUCAUGGUGAUGGUUAUUCUCUAUUCAUUACCAGUUACGGCACAAAAAUUGUACUCCGAUUCCACGGCCUAUCUCACUGGAAAGCCAUCUAUUCGUGUAGCAAUUGAAAAUCUGGCACAACAAAUAUCAACAAAUAUAUCCUACAUUAACAACAGUGUUGGCUUUUAUAUUUACAUCUUGACAGGAACACUAUUUCGAAAAGAAUGGAUGCGAGUAUUGGUAUGCCAGAAAUCAAAUGCCAUUUCAUCAAUUCAUACAAAACAUCAAUCAAUUAACACAAAUACGAUUGGUAAACGGUGA